CCCAAAAAUCGUCGUUCACGUCCACUAAAAUUUGUUCAGCCUGGUAAAUACAUUGACAUCGCAAAUCAAGAAAGAGCAAAGGCACAAUUGGAAAAACUAAAGCAAGAAAUUACUGAAAGUGUAAAGAAGGCGGGUAUGCAGACAGAAUUUGACGUGUCUGAUAAAGCUAUCAAGAGAGACGCGCCUCCAGCUGUCGAAUGGUGGGAUGCUCCAUUUACAAAAACAUAUGAGGAAUUGAAUGACGCAGACAUAGACCCUGAUAAAUAUGAAACACUAGUUACCAUGUAUAUCCAUCACCCUGUGCCAAUUAAGCCUCCUAGUGAAGCAAAUGCACCACCUAUUAUCAAAUCACUUAUGCUUACUACAAAAGAAAGAAAGAAGUUGCGCAGACAGACAAGAGCAGAAGCACAAAAGGAGAAGCGUGAUAAGAUCAGACUUGGUUUAAUAGAACCUGAUCCACCAAAAGUUAAAAUUAGUAACCUGAUGCGUGUCUUGGGCGAAGAAGCAGUACAAGACCCAACCAAGGUCGAAGCGCGGGUUCGUAGAGAGAUGGAACAACGUCAGAGAAUGCAUGAAAAAGCCAAUGAGCAACGUAAGCUAACUCCAGAAGAAAGGCGAGCCAAGAUUUUAAACAAGCUGAAGGAGGAUCAAAAGAUGAGUAAUGAAGUGGCUGUAUUCAAGAUAAAAUCUUGUUCCCAUCCAAAGCAUAGAUACAAGAUAGAAAUGAAUGCACAACAACUUCAAUUGACAGGAAUGGUCAUUGUGCAUCCUAAAUGCAAUAUUGUUAUCGUGGAAGGUGGGCCAAAGAGUAUUAAGGCAUACAAGAAGUUGAUGUUAAGACGUAUUGACUGGAAUGACAUGCCACCUCCAAAAAAUCUUGCAGUUGAUGAAACAGCUAUGGACAUUGAUCAGCCUAGAAACAGUUAUGGUCUUAAAGAAGGAGAAGAAAACAAGUGUUUCCUCGUUUGGACAGGAUUGGUUAAAGAGAAAUCAUUUAAGAAGUUUACUUGGCGUUCUUUUGAAAGUGAAAAAAUGGCCAGAGAAGAAUUAAGCAAGUGGCAUGUAGAACACUAUUGGGAUGCUGCUAUCAUGGCUACAGACGAGGAACUUGCUACUAGACAACCUGAAUUGUAA